GGAGUCUCCUGCCUCCCGCCCCCCACCCCUCCAGCUCCUGCUCCUCCUCCGCUCCCCACACACAGACGAGCUCACACCCGCUCCCUCACUCGCACACACAGACACGCGCGCACACAAGCUCCGCACACACUCUCCACUCUCUCCCGCGCGCUCACACCCCUCUCGCCCCGCGCCCUCGCCCGUGCAGAGCUGCGCGGCAGCCGGACGCCCCUCCCGGACUCACUUUGCAACGCUGACAGCGCCGGCGGUGGCCUUGGAGGUGGGAACUGCGGCGGCAUCCUCCCCCCUGGUCGCGGCCGGAGCCCGGACGCCCGCGGAACCCCUCGCCGGCACUCUCCCAUGAGUCGGGAUCGCAGCAUCCCCUGCCAGACGCGCACCACCUCUGGGAGCCGCUGGGCUUGUACACCGCAGCCCUUCCGGGACAGCAGCUGUGACUCCCCCCCAGUGCAGAUUUCGGGGCAGCUCUCUAGAAACUCGCUCUAAAGACGGAACCGCUACAGCACUCGAAGCCCACUGCGGAAGAGCGCAGUCCGGCAAGCCCCCGCCCUGAGACUGGACCCUCCGCGGAGCCAGGCAGCACUGUGACCGCUUCGCCUCGCCGGACUUCCCCGCCUCCUACCCUCUCAGCCUCUGCUGGAGAGACCCACAGCCCCACCAUUCAGCGCGCAAGAUAUCCUCCAGGUAGGUCUGAAAGCACGACCCUUUAUCCCUCCCACGUUUGGAGAGGUGGGGGAUGGGGGGAGCCACACGUCCAGCAGGCAGGCUGUACCGACUUGCCCAGCGCCAGGACAGUGACUGCUGGCCACGCAUUUCACAGCACAGGUGGCCUCAUCGCAGAAGCUCCUCUGGAUACCACACCCUGUUGCUACCUAGUGGAGCAGCCAGAUUAAAUUAAGCCUUGCAUUUCUCAAAAAUAUUUUUCCUAAGAAAAAUGUAAUGCAUAUAAAAGAUUAGGAUCUUUUUAUACAUUUUAAUGUCUUCAUUUUUGCUCUCCUUUUAUAUUCAGUUUAUAAUGCACGUAAAAGUUACAGGAUCACUUUGAGCAAUACAGAGCUCAUGUUUGUAUAAAACCCAAAUCAUUUGGUGCAGAAGUUUGGAUUAUUGAAGCUCAGAGGAAAAGGGAAAAAGCAUUUAAGCAGGAAACCAAGGAGUAAAUUCGAAUUGGGCAAAAGAAAGGAUUGCAGGUUUUGACUCCUUACACCUCUUUUUUUGCAUUUGUUAAAGAGAUGCCAGGUCCCUGGGCUGUGGUCACCAAAGAUAUGCAGAUAAAUAGAACUUAGUCCCAAGCAGACUCAUCUUCUGGCUGGAGACCUCAGGAAGACAUGAGGAAGAGCAAUGGGUAGGGACUGGUAAGGAAGGAUGACAGAAGACUAAUGGAGAAAUCUAGAGGUGCUGAAGGAGCAUAGAUGGAACAUCAUCAGGCAGUGCCCUUUCUUUUAAAUCAUUAGUCUUUCAUUUCACCCCAACAACAAGACAGUAGGAAAAGUAAUCUUUUAACAUCAAACUAGAGAGUGUUUUGAAGGCCCUUCUUGAAAAAUGAAGGCUUGAACUGGACUCUCCUUAUCACUGCUUCUUCCAACAGGCCCUCAUCACCUUUUUCCAAGUCAAGAUUUCAUCCCAUACACACAUGACUCAAUCAGAUUUGGAAAUGUGGGUAAGAGAAAGAUGUCAAAGGAAGUGUGAAGUAUUGACUUUUUUUCUUUUUUCAUAUUAGUCACAACUUCUAUACCAUAGACUCCAGGUAGAGGCUAAGCACUUGGUUUUCCUCCAGUUCAGAAAAACCAACCACCAGAAGCUGCCCAUUGUAUCAUUUCUAGUUAGCCAUAAAGAAAGGGAAAUAACUAGAUAAACAUCCACUAGGUCCAAUAAUUCUCAGGGCCUUCUCAUCCAGCUCAACCUCUCUGAACAAUAAUAAGCCCCCUGGAUACCCAUCUCUUUGGGGGCUCAACAUAGAAACUAAACCUACUAAGCGGCUGCUUUCUUUUCUAAGGGUACUAAUUCUUCUGCCAUAAAAAAUUUGUAGACUAACUCACCUAUUACAGUAGCUAUAAACUGUUGUCUUAAAACAGCUACUGAUACAUUUUAUUAGUCAGAAUUGGAAAAAAAAUAUAUAUAUAUACUGUACAUGGCAGAGAGCACGUUUGGUGGGUGUUUUGUUGCAGCUGCUGAUCUUUUUCUUUGCAGAUGGCACACACUCCCCCGAGUCCAUUUCCUGGGCCUGUGUUCCCACCUCUCCACCUAGCUGGCUGAAGUCAUCAACAGGGGUCCAGUUUGUGUAGGCUGCUGGCUGUGUUUGGAGAAAUGGGGAGGGGGUGGGAGAAAGCGACCACAACGUGUGUGGGUAGGCUCAGUUGGCACUCAUAAAAUGUUAGAAUGUCAGUCUCCCUUGGCCAGUAAGUCCCACAUAGGACACCCCCCCCUUUUUUUUAACCAACUCAUAAAUGUAUAAAUCAAUGUGUGUGACUUGGGGGACUCCUGGCCUCUUUCCCCAAAAAUAAACCAAUAGAGCAUUCACUGGCUUUCUUUUUGUCCUCCCAACUUCUGGCUGAGACCACCCCCAAUUAGUUUAUAGGACUUAAAACCACUUUGUAAAAACACCACUGGGCUUAUGAAGGAAGAAAUCAAAUUUUCCAGAUCUGGUGGUGGACAAGGGUAAGGGAAGGAAGGUGGGCACAGAGAUCCCCAGGAGUCCUGGUUUUGGCAUCCUGUGCCCCUUUGACAGUCUGUCAGGGAUUCUGCUUUCUUCCCAGGAAAGAAAGUAAGCAUGGAGCUUUAAAUCUAUGCUACCAGAAGGAGGAAAAGAUGUCACUUCCUAUCCCAUUUCCCAGAUUAGAGAGCAAUGAAUUCAGUGCUACCUGUCAGCUAGAAGAGAGUGCUGACUUGCUUCUGAAAGACCCUUUUCCCUGUCCCUUUGUCCUGCAGAUAUGCCCUGCGUUCAAGCCCAGUAUAGCCCUUCGCCUCCAGGUUCCAGUUAUGCAGUGCAGACCUACGGCUCGGAAUACACCACGGAGAUUAUGAACCCAGACUACACCAAGCUGACCAUGGACCUUGGCAGCACUGAGAUCACGGCCACGGCCACUACGUCCCUGCCCAGCUUCAGUACCUUCAUGGAGGGCUACUCGAGCAACUACGAACUCAAGCCCUCCUGCCUGUACCAAAUGCAGCCGUCUGGGCCACGGCCCUUGAUCAAGAUGGAGGAGGGCCGCGCGCACGACUACCACCAUCACCACCAUCACCACCAUCACCACCACCACCACCAGCAGCAGCAGCAGCAGCAACCUUCCAUUCCGCCCCCCUCCGGCCCGGAGGACGAGGUGCUGCCCAGCACCUCCAUGUACUUCAAGCCGUCCCCGCCGUCCACACCCACCACGCCGGGCUUCCCUCCGCAGGCGGGGGCGCUGUGGGACGACGCGCUGCCCUCGGCGCAGGGUUGCAUCGCUCCCGGCCCGCUGCUCGACCCGCCGAUGAAGGCGGUGCCCACGGUGGCCGGCGCGCGCUUCCCGCUCUUCCACUUCAAGCCCUCGCCGCCGCACCCGCCCGCGCCCAGCCCGGCCGGCGGCCACCACCUGGGCUACGACCCGACGGCCGCCGCCGCGCUCAGCCUGCCACUGGGAGCCGCCGCCGCCGCCGCCGCCAGCAGCCAGGCCGCCGCGCUCGAGGGCCACCCGUACGGGCUGCCGCUGGCCAAGAGGGCGGCCGCGCUGGCCUUCCCGCCGCUCGGCCUCACGGCCUCCCCCACCGCGUCCAGCCUGCUGGGCGAGAGCCCCAGCCUGCCGUCGCCGCCCAACAGGAGCUCGUCGUCGGGCGAGGGCACGUGCGCCGUGUGCGGUGACAACGCCGCCUGCCAGCACUACGGGGUGCGCACCUGCGAGGGCUGCAAGGGCUUCUUCAAGAGAACAGUUCAGAAAAAUGCAAAAUAUGUUUGCCUGGCAAAUAAAAACUGCCCUGUAGACAAGAGACGUCGAAACCGAUGUCAGUACUGUCGAUUUCAGAAGUGUCUCAGUGUUGGAAUGGUUAAAGAAGUUGUCCGUACAGAUAGUCUGAAAGGGAGGAGAGGUCGGCUGCCUUCCAAACCAAAGAGCCCAUUACAGCAGGAACCUUCUCAGCCCUCUCCACCUUCUCCUCCGAUCUGUAUGAUGAAUGCCCUUGUCCGAGCUUUAACAGACUCAACACCCAGAGAUCUCGAUUACUCCAGAUACUGUCCCACCGAACAGGCCGCUGCAGGCACAGAUGCUGAACAUGUGCAACAGUUCUACAAUCUCCUGACAGCCUCCAUCGAUGUAUCCAGAAGCUGGGCGGAAAAGAUUCCCGGGUUUACUGAUCUCCCCAAAGAAGAUCAGACAUUACUUAUAGAAUCAGCCUUUUUGGAGCUGUUUGUUCUCAGACUUUCCAUCAGGUCGAACACUGCUGAAGAUAAGUUUGUGUUCUGCAACGGACUUGUCCUGCAUCGACUUCAGUGCCUUCGUGGAUUUGGGGAGUGGCUCGACUCCAUUAAAGACUUUUCCUUAAGUUUGCAGAGCCUGAACCUUGAUAUCCAAGCCUUAGCAUGCCUAUCAGCACUGAGCAUGAUCACAGAACGACAUGGGUUAAAAGAACCAAAGAGAGUAGAGGAGCUAUGCAACAAGAUCACAAGCAGCUUGAAAGACCACCAGAGUAAGGGACAGGCUGUGGAGCCCAGCGAGCCCAAGGUCCUGGGCGCUCUGGUAGAACUGAGAAAGAUCUGUACCCUGGGCCUCCAGCGCAUCUUCUACCUGAAGCUGGAAGACUUGGUGUCUCCACCUUCCAUCAUCGACAAGCUCUUCCUGGACACCCUGCCUUUCUGAACAGGAGCAGCCUGAGGGGGGGAGCCGCCUCAUUGGCUAGCGCCUCCGACUUGCUAAGCAGCAGAGGAUUUGGGUCUGGACACCUACCAUUUUCUGUCCUUGCUUAAGAGAAAAAAAAAAAAAGCAGCUCCUGUAGAAAAGACUUUUUUUUUUUCUGGCACUUUUCCUUACAACCUAAAGCCAGAAAACUUGCAGAGUAUUGUGUUGGGGUUGUGUUUUAUAUUUAGGCUUUGGGGUUGGCGCGGGAGGGGAGGGUAUAGUUCAUGAGGGUUUUCUAAGAAAUUGCUAACAAAGCACUUUUGGACGAUGCUAUCCCAGCAGGAAAAAAAAAAAGGAUAAUAUAACUGUUUUAAAACUCUUUCUGGGGAAUACAAUUAUAGUUGCUUUGUAUUUAAAAACAAGAACAGCCGAUGGUUGUUCGCCAGAGUAGGAUGUGUCUUGAGGUUGAUCUUUAGAAUACACUUCCUGUGUCAAGGGUAUGUAUGUGGUGCAAACAAGGCAGAAAUUCUCUCUUCUUAAUUUCUUUCUUCCUUUAUUUUAUUUUAACAAAUGGUGAAAGAUGAGGAUUACCUAUAAAUCAGACAUAGCAAAACGAUAAUGGCUGUUCGCUUCCAUAUACAAGUGCAAUUUUUAAAGUGCUGUCUUACUAAGUCUUGUUUAUUAACUCUCCUUUAUUUUAUAUGGAAAUAAAAAGGAAGCAGUCAUGCUGGCAAGUGACACAUGUUAAUUUUCCUAGCAGAGGCUUUGUCCACCUGCCCUAUAGAACCCUUCUGAGGUAUGGUCCGUCCAAGAUUUUAGGCAAUUCUUAAUGGAUCCAGAUCUCUGCCCUGACUGUCCAGCUGUCCCAAAGGGGGCUCAGAUUAUAAAAUGGAUUGCAUACAACUGUGUUGGUUGUGCUCUAUCAACCGAGACAGAGUUCCCUAAACUUGUUCCAGUUGAUAGCAACUAGCUGACACAUUCGUUCAGAAGCCCCAGGAGCAUUCAGUGAGUCUCACAUGUCUGAUCCGUAAAUAAGAACAUACAAAUAAGUAGGAACUGAUCAUACAGGGUAAACAUCAGAGAUAAUAAGAUUUUUUAAAUAUAUAUAAUUUAAUUUUUGUUACUGGUUACAGAGACAAUUUUGGAGAGCAAGUGAGUCUUAUUUUAAAAAAAAUUAUAGUAUGAAUGUGACUACUAGACAGGAUUAGUGGGCUGCGUUUCAACAUUCCGUGUUCGUACUCCCUUUUGUAUGUUUAUACUGUCAAUGCCAUAUUACUACGAGAUAAUUUGUUGCAUAGUGUCCUUAUUUGUACAAACAUUUGUAUGCACGUUAUAUUGUAAUAGCUUUGCCUGUAUUUAUUGCAAGACCACCAGCUCCUGGAAACUGAGUUAGAGUACUUAAAUGGGGUGUUCACAGCGACUUGGAUACACCUAUUAGAAAUUAAAUAAACAAAUAUAUAUAUAAAUAUAGCAGGUUACAUAUAUAUAUUUAUAAUGUGUCUUUUUAUUAACCAUUUGUACAAUAAAUGUUACUUCCCAUGCAGUUA